CCGUGAUUUUAUUUGUUUAAAAGUCAGCGUAAGUUUUAGUUGAUGAGAGCCAUCGCCAAUUGCGCAGCAUGAGUGAGCUUGUGUCUUGACCUAAGCGCAUCCCAUAGUACCUGGAGAGAGUAGAGGACCCUUCAUUGCAUCAUCGAUACUCAGUGCUGCAUCAGACAUCCUCCAUCCAGUAUAUCGCGCUAUUUCAGCCAAAGGAUCAGACAUGUUGCGUCAAGCAAGGAAGUUGUUAGGGUUUUCCAGGACAUUGCAGUCUUCCUUUCCCCCUGCCCUUGCUUCCCAACAGACAAGGACAAAGAUUACAUAUGUUCCAUCACCUGGGGAUGCAAGGCCACAGACGGUCACGCUGAUCCCAGGCGAUGGUAUUGGCCCUGAGAUCAGUGAGGCUGUCAAGGAAGUCUUUGAGGCCCUGAAGGCGCCCGUUGUCUGGGAACAGUUUGACAAUGUUCAUGGCAGCGACAUCUAUGGCAAUCCAAAUCUGGAGAUUCCAGAAGAAGUGCUAGAAUCAAUCACACGAAAUGGGGUGUGCCUCAAAGGGACCCUGUUCACCCCACUCUCUGCCAAUAACACAAGCACACAGAGUCUCAAUGUGCAGCUGCGCAAAACGCUAGAUCUGCAUGUCAACCUGGUGCAUGGCUGGACCAUGCCAGGCGUCCCCUCUCGCUUCUCGGACAUAGACAUCGUUGUCAUCAGAGAAAACACAGAAGGCGAGUAUGCCGGGCUGGAGCACGAGGUUGUCCCGGACGUUGUGGAGAGCCUGAAGAUUAUUACAGAGGAGAAGUCACGGAGAACAGUGGAGUACGCCUUUGGCUAUGCCUACUUGAACAACCGCAAGAAGGUCACGGCUGUGCACAAAGCCAACAUCAUGAAGCUCAGUGACGGCCUCUUCUUGAGGGAGUUCAACAAGGUGGCCAAGAAGUACCCCAGCAUCAAGGCGGAGGCCAUGAUUGUCGACAACACAUGCAUGCAGCUGGUCAGCAACCCGCAGCAAUUUGACGUGAUGGUCACACCCAACCUCUACGGCAACCUCGUCAUGAACGUGGUGGCGGGGUUGACGGGCGGCCCGGGGCUGUUCCCGGGCGUGAACGUGGGGGAGAAUGUGGCCAUCUUUGAGCAGGGAGCGCGUCACGUGGCCAAGGACAUCGCCGGCAUGGGCGUGGCCAACCCCAGCGCCGCCCUGCUGUCAGCCGCCAUGAUGCUGCGCCACCUCAACCUGCCGGGCUUCUCCGACAGGCUUGAGCGCGCGGUGCUGAACACCAUCAGCAACGAGGCGGACUCCAUCAAAACGCCCGACAUUGGCGGCACCGGCACAACGCGCAGCUUCGUCAACUCCAUCAUUGAGAAGCUGUGAGGGCAUGCGGCGACGCAUGCUCGGAGUUCUGUAUUUGUCGGGGAGAGAAUUCUUUUGCUACAGCUGAGCAGAUGCGGUCGUUGCUCCUGUUGUGACACUAGUUCCUGUCUCUAUCUGGUUCGGUAUGUGGGGUCCUGAUACUCAUGUAUGCUGCACUGAGACACAGCAGCCUAAGUAGGGUGAUCUUGUUGGAUGCUAUCUGCCAUGAGUGACUUAACAAGCCCUGCCCACUUGUCAGCCUGAGGUAGAAGACAACGGGUCCUCUAUUAUAUACUACAGGCAUGUGAAAACCAGAAAAUUUUCAAGACUUUCCCAGUCAACAAUUAAAAAUUGCCUCACC